AUGCGACCUCUGGGCGGAUGUGGCCGAAUUAAGAAAAGCUUGUUAGCCACUUACAGGAAAGUCCGCCAGAAGAAAAAUGAGUCUGAGAAGUCUGGUGCUGAGGAAGUGAGAGCUCCAAAUUGGUUCGCUUUCAAAGCGUUUGAAUUUCUACACCGCAAAUAUCAGCUGCGGAAGACAAUCGACACAGAGAAAAAACCGAGAAAAAGGGCCGAAGAUCCUCGUAUAGGAGAGGCUUAUAAUGCACUACAGACUACUUGAUCUAAAACUAGACGAGUUUGACGCCUGCGGAGAGUUUAUCCUUAG